GUGCUGUGUCCCUCGGACACAGCGGAUCACGGAAAGAACCGAAGAUGUAGGCUCGGUCAUGUGAUCGGCUGUGUCCAAUCACAGCUGAUCACUGAUCAUCAGGGCACUGAUGAUCAGUGUGCCCUGGUGAUCAAUGUGGCCCCAGAAGUGCCACCUGUCAGUGUCCAUCAGUGCCAGCAGUCAGUGCUCAUCAGUGCCACGUAUCAGUGCCACAUCAAUGCCACAUAUCAGUGCCUACCAGUGCACAUCAAUGCCACAUAUCAGUGCCCAUCUGAGCUGCCUUUCAAUGUCACCCGUCAGUGCCACCUAUCAAUGCCAAUCAGUGCCACCUAUCAGUGCUGCCAUUCAGUGCCACCUAUCAGUGCCAGUCAG